UGAUUUUGUUUUUGGCGCUUUUUUAGUUUUUUGAAACGCCAUGCGAAAUUUUUACAAUUGAAUUUAUAGUUCUUGAAAAAUACUUUUACUAACGAAAAUAAAAUGGGUAUUUUAGGCUUAUCAAAGUUGAUUGCAGACAUUGCACCGCAAGCUGUAAAGGAAAUGGAAAUUAAGAAUUAUUUUGGGCGGAAAGUAGCCAUCGAUGCGUCUAUGAGCUUGUACCAGUUCUUGAUAGCUGUAAGGAGUGAAGGAGCUCAACUGACAUCAGUGGACGGAGAGACCACAUCACAUUUAAUGGGAACAUUUUACCGCACCAUACGCCUGGUGGAGAAUGGCAUCAAGCCAGUGUAUGUGUUUGACGGCAAACCACCAGACAUGAAGUCCCACCAGCUCAACAAGAGGGCCGAGAGACGAGAGGAGGCUGAGAAGGAACUGCAGAAGGCUACAGAAUCUGGAGACACAGCGUCAAUAGAGAAGUUCAACCGUCGGUUGGUGAAGGUGACCAAGCAGCACGGCGAGGAGGCGAGGCAGCUGCUCAAGCUGAUGGGCGUGCCGGUCGUCGAGGCGCCGUGCGAGGCUGAGGCACAGUGUGCACAGCUGGUGAAGGCCGGCAAGGUGUACGCAGUGGCCACGGAGGACAUGGACGCGCUGACCUUCGGCGCGGACGUUCUGCUGAGACACCUGACGUUCUCCGAGGCGCGGAAGAUGCCGGUGCAGGAGUUCCACCUCAACCAUGUGCUGAGCGGACUCGAGCUUAACCACAAAGAGUUCAUUGACCUGUGCAUACUGCUCGGCUGCGACUACUGCGGCUCCAUCCGCGGUAUCGGCCCCAAGCGCGCCAUCGAGCUCAUCAAGCAGCACCGCUCCAUAGAGCAGGUGCUCCACAACAUCGACACCAAGAAGUACCAGCCUCCAGAGAACUGGGACUUUGAGAACGCCCGAAGACUAUUCGUUGAACCUGAAGUCGCUGAUGCCAAGGAUAUUGAGCUGAAGUGGUGCGACCCUGACGAGGAGGGGCUGGUGAAGUUCCUGUGCGGCGACAAGCAGUUCAACGAGGAGCGCGUGCGCAACGGAGCCAAGAAACUGAUGAAGGCGCGCACUGGCACCACGCAGGGACGACUUGACGGGUUCUUUAAGGUAUUAUCAACAACACCAAAUCCUAAACGUAAGGCUGAAGAAGAGAAAAAGAACGCGAACAAAAAGGCCAAAACCGGCGGCGGCAGGGGUCGGAAACCCAAAUAACAGUGUUUGAUUUAAAAAAAAAAUAAUAAGACUGCUAAAAGUUAACUUUAAGAGGUAACAUCUCAAAUCAUAAAAAAUCCUUUUAAAUUGAAAAAAGUGCUGCCAAAUCGAAAUAAGACAAUAACUAUUUUUUAAAUUAAUACAAUAAAACAAUUUGCCCAAAAAAUAUAGCCAGAUUAAAAUAUAGACAUGAAAGAUUUAUAUUUUUUCACAAUUAUAAAAUUUUGUAUGCUGUUGUUAAUUAAAUGUUAAAUAUAAAAUGUUAUCAGUCGCGGGUUCGAUGUUUUCAUGUGACGAAGUAAUAACUUUUUAUUUAGCUGUAUAAUUAAAUGUAAAUAAAUGAUAAGUAAGUUACUGAUUUUAAA